UUGCUGUGCUGCUGGCUGGCCGAAAAGGAGCAAACAAAAGGCGAGGCGAUGCCAAGCAAUCAACGUCAUAAGCAGGAGCAGCAGCAGGACCAGAAAAAGGAACAGAGACCAGAACACAAGCCGGAACAGGACCACCACGACCGUGGACGGAGUUAUUGUGGUGGCACCGCCAAGCCGCCGCCGCAGCAUCAGGAUCCACUGUAGGGACACCUAGCCACCUAGCCACCCAGCCACCCACCACAACUCCCCAUAUCCUUCGCAAACAAGAGGAGCCGGCAUCACAAGGAGCAACACGACAACGGCAACUGCAAAAGUAUCCGCAAAAGCAAAAGCCAAAGCAAAACAACUCUCGCUUUGAGGACCUCAAGAAAACCAAUUUACAUAUUUAAGCUUUGGGCAAACACAAAGCGGAGCAGCAACUAGGAGCAAUCAAUAGGAGCUGGGCGAAGAAGGAGUGGGCGCCUCUGGGAAGACCAGACCAGGCCAACAUCCUCAUCCUCAUCCGCUUCCGGAUCCGCCGAAUCAAAAGCCAGUUAGCUGCGACACCUUUUCCACAGCCAGAAUGCGACUGCCAUACCGAAAUAAGAAGGUCACCCUGUGGGUGCUCUUCGGCAUCAUCGUCAUCACCAUGUUCCUAUUCAAAUUCACCGAACUGCGGCCCACAUGCCUCUUCAAGGUGGACGCCACCAACGAGCUAUCCCCGCAAAUGGUCCGCGUUGAGAAAUACCUCACAGAUGACAAUCAACGCGUUUAUUCAUACAACCGUGAGAUGCCAUUAAUAUUCAUAGGCGGCGUGCCCAGAUCUGGGACGACUUUGAUGCGCGCCAUGCUGGAUGCCCAUCCCGAUGUGCGCUGCGGGCAGGAAACGCGCGUCAUUCCGCGCAUCCUGCAACUGCGCUCGCACUGGCUGAAGUCCGAGAAGGAGUCGCUCCGCCUGCAGGAGGCCGGCAUCACCAAAGAGGUCAUGAACAGUGCCAUCGCGCAGUUCUGUCUGGAAAUCAUCGCCAAGCACGGCGAGCCGGCGCCGCGCUUAUGCAACAAGGAUCCGUUGACGCUGAAAAUGGGCUCCUAUGUCAUCGAGCUUUUUCCGAACGCUAAAUUCCUUUUCAUGGUGCGCGACGGCCGAGCGACAGUUCAUUCGAUUAUAUCGCGCAAGGUGACAAUCACCGGCUUCGAUUUGAGCAGCUACCGCCAGUGCAUGCAGAAGUGGAACCACGCCAUCGAGGUGAUGCACGAGCAGUGCCGGGACAUUGGCAAGGACCGCUGCAUGAUGGUCUACUAUGAACAACUGGUCCUGCAUCCGGAGGAGUGGAUGCGAAAGAUCCUAAAAUUCCUGGACGUGCCAUGGAACGAUGCGGUGCUGCACCACGAGGAGUUUAUCAACAAACCCAAUGGCGUGCCGCUGUCCAAGGUGGAACGAUCAUCGGACCAGGUAAUCAAGCCGGUAAACCUGGAGGCGAUGUCCAAGUGGGUCGGCCAGAUACCCGGCGACGUGGUGCGCGACAUGGCCGACAUAGCGCCCAUGCUGUCCGUGCUUGGCUACGAUCCGUACGCGAAUCCGCCGGACUAUGGUAAGCCAGAUGCAUGGGUGGAGGACAACACGUUGAAGCUAAAGGCCAAUCGAAUGCUGUGGGAGAGUAAGGCCAAGGAAAUGAUGCACAUGUCCAGCGAGGAUGAAAACUCCAACACCAUCAUCAACAAUAGCAACAAUAAGGAUAACAACAAUAAUCAGUACACAAUCAAUAAAAUUAUACCAGAACAACACAGCAGACAGCGGCAACAUGUACAGCAGCAACAUCAGCAACAUCUGCAACAGCAGCAGCAACAAGAACAACAUGAGCAAACUAAGGAGGAGACCGAGUCGGGAAGGGAAACGGAACCGGAUCGAGAACAACAAUUGUUGCAUCAAAAGCCAAAGGAUGUCAUUACGAUAAAGCAGCUGCCAUUAGCCGGCAACAACAAUAACGAGAACCCCAUGGCGGAUACAUGAUAUCCGCACAUACCCAUAAGACUGCCGCGUGGCAAGCAUUGAACCUGGGACCUUGGCUGCCGAUAAGGAUAACGAUAAUGAUAACUGUUGCUGCUGCUAGAAACCCAAUUUUAAAUUGUAUUAGCUGGGACAUAUACACGCUUGAUAUGUGUAUAUGCAUAUGAUGUAUUUGUAUUAAUGCUUCUUAAAUUUACCAAAAAAAAACACACUAAACAAAAGUAGUUAAACCUCCACAGAACGUUUCGUGACGAAAAGACUUAAAGUUGCAGGGAGAAAUGCCAAUUUAACAGCCGCCACCCUCCCCCUUGAAUACAUAAUAAUUUAAUUUAUGCGUUAAUAUCUCUUAACUGGAUUUACCUUAAUGUGGGCUGGGCGUUGAAUUAUUUAAUUUAUUGUGCAAUGAAUUACUUCACUUGCUUCCCUUGGUCAUUUUAAUGGUCAUUGCAUUAGCUACUACCUUAAUUACCAGCUAAUCGUAUUCAGUUGAUAAAGUACUUAAUUGAAAUAUUGCAUUAAUGUAAUUUAGUUAAAGCAUUGACUUAAUGCAAUUUAUAUUCUAAUUUAAAAGCGACUUAUAUCUGACAGUCUAAUUUUUAAUCAAACAGUUGGCAUUAACCCUUUCCUCGGCGUCAUACAGUCAAGAAACGCACUGUGUGCCUAAAUCUUAAUUAAUGUGUUGCGUGAAGAAAAGAAAGCCAAGAAAGAACAAGGCACAAUUGCAAUAUUGAAUAUGCAGGAAAGUCAUUGCAGGCACUCACCGACCCCCUCUACGAUAUAAUUCAGAAAUUUUUCAUUUAUUUUAGAUGUCUUAAGCCUUUUUUUGUACGAAUGUUUUUUUGAGAGACUUGAGUCGGUUUAUCACUUAGAAACACUUUUUUUUUGUAUCGGUAAUUGUGUAUAUAAAAUAUAAAUAUUUAAAGUACGUUUCCCACUUAUCGAAUGAAUCUCUAGCUGAACUUUGUCAUUGUGGUCUAGGAAACUUUAUAGGUUUAUAUGGGGUACAUAAAAAUAGAUCCUUAAGCACUGUUUAUAGUUUGCAAAACGGUAGAGCAAAACAAAACGAAACCCAUUUAGAAGUGUUGAACCUUUAACGAAAAGAGCUUUUAAGAUGUUUAGUUAAAUAACCAUAAUCGCAUAUGAAAUAUUUGCAGCUAAUGACAAAAGAAAAAAAGACGUGAACUAGUAUAGAAAUAAUACAUUUUUGUAAACUUUUUUUUUGUGUUGCAAUAAAUUGACUGAAUGUAAAGAAAACCAAUCUAAUUAAACCAUAUAUAAAUGUAUAACUUAAACUGAAUGUCUAAAUGUAUAUGAAGGUUAAAUAGAUUUUAAAUGUUUAUGUGUGCGUGAAUGUGAGAGAAGAAUAAGAAAAGUUAGCUAAGCUUAAUCAUUUGGUCUAUAAAAUGUACUUCAAAUUCAAAUGGUCAUAAUAUAUUUCUUUGGUAGAACGAGGAAAGCAACGAA